AUGGCCAUACCCACCAUGUUUCAUUCGAGCAGGCUUACAGAGGAGUCCAUGCUUACUGAGACGGGCUCAACGGGGGGCGAUGAGUGUGAAGAACACCCUGUGAUCCAGACAAGAGAUCUGGAGGAACUUCAGACGGCGGACGCUGGAAUAUCACACACACAGCCGAGGGGUGGCGAGUGUCGGACCUGUGCCCUUAGUAGUGUAGAAGACAGCAGCAUCCAGUCUUACACGUACAACAGGUCUCUCUCAGACACGUCGUACACUUCAUCUGAACCUGAGGCAAAAACUACGGCGCAUUCCUACAGAAAACAUCACAGGAAACACAGAACGAAUGCAAGAAAACCCAGGAAAACAUGGCGAGAAGAUGAUGAUGGGCGGAAAGGCUUGAAGGAAGCGGGAUCAAGUAAAAGAAAUGCUUCAAGAAACCACAGUUCCUCAAGAUGCUUCCAGCGCUCUCCGUUCUCCUCAACAACAGAGCGUCCAUCUCAGUCUCAAACCCCAGACUGUCUUUGGGAUUGUCCUCAUGAAUUCACUGCUAUCAAGUCCUGUUUGUGGCUUCACAGACUGGAGAUGGAUUUUCCUUCAACCGUUGAGUCUCGCAGCACAUUUUCUGACCAUUUUGAAACAAACUCUGCCUAUAUUUACGCAGAAAGCAUUAAAGGCUUGGAUUCUUGCUCUACUUUUGUAGCGGACAGUGAUAUCCACAAUCCCAAUGCCAUCAGCAGAGGGCGAGACUUGAUAUCUGUCUGGAAUGGUCAGGACCUUGAGUAUCUUUACAUCUCUAGUGAAGAUAAAUCUAGUAACGUGUCCACUUGUAGUACACAGGCUACAGCCGGCUCAGAAUGUUCCAGUCACUUUGAGACCUUCAAAGACAUCGACUCUGAGAGCGGUGCGGGAACCGACUACGGCUGCAGUAUCGCUGAGGCCGUGUGGGGUUCAGCUUCAUCUCCGUCCAGUGGCAGUUCAUGCUGCACCACCGACCGGGACUCUGAAUCCUCAUACUGUACCAUCAACAGACAAACAAACACCUCUGAUUCAGAGAGUCCUGAUGUCUCGUCUGUUCAUGGCUUUCAAAAGAUUACCUUUGAGUCAGUUGACAAACGCGAGGGAAAUCUUUACUCCCGUGAUGCUCUGAGACCACACACCGUAGAAAAAGUCGGUAGAGAUGCAGAGGAUGAGAUCCUCUCCCAACCGGAUUUGAGUGAGCUAACGGAUGUUGUCAUUCAAACCGAGCGCUGCCACUUCUCCGAUAUAUUUUGUGAGAUGAUUAAAGAAGCGACACAGGAGAAAGUCGGCGAGAAAAUGAAUAUAAAUGCGGGAUUUCUAUUCCACCCUAAGCAGUUUCUCCGGGCAAAGAGCUCAAGAUAUCGCGAGGGUCUUGAAUACUCAGUUCUCCGACACAUCCAGAACGGCUCGUAUGGAGAUGUCUUCAGCAUCCGAGACAAGCAAACGGGAUUCACGUGUGCUGCCAAGAAGAUCCCCCUGUGUAGUUUUCGGUGGGAGGAAGUGGAAACUUGGAGUCGACUGAACGGUCCUCAUGUCCUCCAGCUGUAUGGAGCGGUGAGAGAAGGACCCAAUGUCAUGCUCUUUAUGGAUCUGAAAAGAGGUUCUUUAGCUCAGGUGCUGAGGAUGAGGGGUGGAAUCUCUGAAGGUCUGGCUCUUUAUUAUCAUUAUCAGGUGGUUCAGGCUCUGGAACAUCUGCACAUGAGACGUGUGGUACAUCUGGAUGUCAAAGUUGAUAAUGUGUUGCUGUCAGAAGAUGGCAGACAGUGUUUCCUUUGUGAUUUUGGGCUUUCUGAAACCCUCAGUGAGGGAGGAUACAGCACCAAAGCUUUCAGAGGUAAUGUUUUGCGUGGCACAGAGUCACAUAUGCCCCCCGAGGUGGCGAGAGGGGAUCGGCGCUGCUCUAAAGCAGAUGUCUGGAGCAGCUGUUGUAUGUUACUGCACAUGCUCACUGGACAUCAGCCCUGGACGCGAUGCUUUCCGCAUCCGCUCUAUCUGAAGAUUGCGAGUGAACCCCCUCCAAUAUGGGAGAUCCCAUCUGUCUGUGACCCCCUGACCUGUGAUGUCAUCAAGGCAGGACUGGUUAAGGAGCCGAGAGACAGACCCUCAGCAUCCGAGCUUCUGCAAAAAAACGUUCAAGCCCUCAGAACAGUGUGUGGGCUAUCUGAUCCCGACCAAGAUGUAACGCCAACAUUUGAGGACUGGCCAACCUCGUAUGACAUAUCCGUCUCAUCCACCACCGCAACUCAAAAGCCCCCGGAAUCCUCUGUUAAGACGACGGCUCCUUCUGUGCCGGAAAACCUCUCUGCACCCAUAAUCCACUGGGUGAGCACAUGGAGAGAAAGAGCGGCCUGUGAGGAUGAUUCAGACCCCGCAGCGAGAGACUCAGAGGAGGAUAGCGAAUGGGAGGAAGAUGGAGAAAUGAGUCAGCUGAACAGAGACCAAAAGAACAGUUGGACGGAGAGACCGCGGGGUGCUGAUAAUGUGGAAAAAGACACAUCGGUCAAACCGGAUGAGGAGACAGACGUAUGGGAUGAAGACGUAGCCAAGGUCGAGAUCUUCGAGCGGACCGAAAACCGCGGGGAUGAAACCGGCACUGAAGAAAGAAAAACUGAUGUCACGGCUGAUCACGUCACAGAAAAGAGAGUGGUGUUUGGAGAUUGUGGCCGAAAUGACAGAGGACUUCUUUUAGAAGAAACUGAGAGCUUUGAUGGUGAGUUCAGAAGCUUUGGGGAGGAUGAAGAGACCGAUGAAGAGGUGGAGAGCGAUCUGGAGAGUCUCAGAGAGCUGGGCAACGACUGGACGCAGGAGGAGUGGGAACCCUUCCUGCAACUCCAGACGCUUUACCGCUCUAAAGAUUCUCAUCCCCAAAGUGAUGGAACCUACACGGAUUCAGACGAAGAAUCGGUCACACUGAUGCAGAACGCAGAAAAAGAUGCAGGGUUACCUGAUUCUUGUGAACAACAAAGUGUCACCUUUAUCGGCCCCUGUGACUCUGAGCAAGACCUUUCUGAGGAGGACUCGGACGAUCUGAGCUCGGGGGUCUUUUCCUCAUGCAGCCCUACAGAUGAGCACAGCUUUAAUGUUGAUUGGUCAGUGUCAAGCAAUCAGACGUCGUCUUGUUACUUUGAGGGUCUUGGUGUAGAUAUAUGGGUUGAAGAUGUAAGUGGCGAGAGUUUAAAGAUCAGAGAGAGACCUCAAGUGAAAAUCGGACACGUUGCCGUGGGCAUCAGCGAACAGAUAUCAAUGAGAGUCUUCAGUUUGGCCACUCUGGAUGGGCGGCUGGUCUCUCCAGACACAGAGGUGUGUGAGUCGGGCAUGUGGCUGCAGUGUGUUCCCGCUCCUGACGGAAGCCCCAGCUGGGACUGGAGGGUCAAAGAUGGAAAACUAGAGCUCCAGGAAUAUGACGGACAUUCAGAUACCUGCUCGACACUGCCACUCUAGCAAGAGUGACCUCAGUGAACACACAGAGACAUCCCAUUCCACUUCAUUUCGGCUUAAGGACACUUGCUUCAUUUGUUCUUUAUACUUUAUGUAAAGAGAGCUAUGUAUAAUUUGACUAAAUUGACCUAAUGUGAUAAAUUUAACAGAUAAUAUAAAACAUACUAUUGAUUUAGUAUGAGAAACUAUAGAGGGUAUGCAUUGACGUCACUUUCCCACGUGAACAUGUCGGGACACGCCCCCCUGGGUGGCAAAACGGCCAGUAAAAUGUCUGAGGACAAUCGGAGAAACAAAGAAACCGGGAAUUGUUUGCUGAAUUUACAAGCAGCCUCGACGGUUACGGCUUUAUUAAGAUUUACAAAGGAAUCCGGUGUUAAUCAACACUGAAAUAUUGCCUGGAUUCGCUCUUCCUGUUAUUUUAAGCAGUCAUUUCGCUGAGUGUUUGCCACCCACGGGGACGCGCUCCUGCGUGCUCACGUAGUGUUCACGUGGUAAAGUGACGACACGUCCAUACCCUCUAUAGGCCUACUGUGACAUGUUUGUAUUCAAGGAUAAAUGACAAAUUCUUGUUUUAUAUUUAAUGGUUUUA